CUUAUAUCUAAUCUGAUUAAAGACCCCAAAGUAUAGUGAAUUCGUGCGUGCAGAGAUGGUUAGAAAGUGUGUUGAAUCACGAUAUUAAAAAUGUAACACUAUAAUGAUAUAAUUUUGUCUGUUGUGAUGUGAAAAUGUAAUAAUGUAGAUGGUCCAUUAAUGUAAAGAUGUAAUGAUAUUAAUGAUUUAAUGUAGUAAUUAAGUGUAACGGUACCUGAUAAUGACAUGAUUUGUUUUUUUCUCAGCUUCCAUGCUCUCAUUAACCUUGACACUGGAAAAAUCAUCCACCCUGACUCCGACAUUGUUCUUCCUGAGAUCCCCAAUGGCAAUGGUCUCCAUAGUGCCACUUACCGUGAGACAACACUACCACCAAUCAACGGAAGUUUGUCAAAAGCCCAGGUGGCGCCCUCUAUCAGUCAGAGUGACACGGGAUACAGCAGCUAUGUCAAUGGAACUCACAGUAUAGCAGACAGUUCCACACAGAGAAACGGGCAUGGUCAGGAUAGCACGGUCAGUGUGGACGAGACUACGGACAGUGGAAGGCCCGCCUCAGGGUUUGCCCCGGAGGUGUCACAAGUGGACGAAAACUCCGAGGGGGAACUCGAUGAAGAUGAGGAUGACGAUGAGAUGAUGUCAUACGAUGGGCACGAUGAUUACGUUCGUUCUGUCCUGAAGGUGGAGUUCCCUCCCUUCUACUUCUCUACGCAUGGUUUGUCCCGACCCAGCACACCAAACGAGGAGGACCAGCCACGGUAUUACCAGCUGAUUGAGAAAGCCAUAGAAUCCAGCAUGGUCAGUCAGGUCGAAACCGACACCGUUCAGGGUAUCUUUGAACUGGUUCCUAAAACCUUACGACAGGCCGUUCCAAGUGCCAAACGCAGGUUUCUUAGGGAAAUGGAGGAGGACAGACGGUCCGCCAUUAAGAAGGCUAUACUGGACUACAUUUUAUUGGAUGCCACGGAGCAGGACCGACUAGGAAUACCUGUACCUGCCAAGCCUUCUAACUCGGCUGGCAGACAUCAGUACCCCUGGCAUGAGAUGGUCAACAGAACUAGGGAUUUCAUGAAGAACGACCUUUUUAUAACACAUCCAGUCAUGUACACCAUCCUGUUUCACUUCCAAACCAAGUACGGAGAUUUUAGACUUAUUGACAUCCCUCACCUGAGAGAGGUCAUGCCACUUACUAUGGAGAAUUUCUACAAAAACAUCAAGCAGUCCAGUAAGACUGCCUCGGAAACGCUGCGGUACCAGUGGCUGCCAGAGGUUUGUGAAAUCGUGGACAGCCAUCGCGACACGGUGGAGGAGUGGAUGCCACAAGAUCCAGUGCAGCGUAUGAAGAAAAUGGACAAGUUCUUCAACAGUAUUGCCUCUUUGAUGUCAAAUUUAUUAAGAAGCUGUGUAAUAAAUUCGAUAUAUGACCUGGUGGAUUUGAUAGAAGAGUAUAAUGACGGCAAUAGCUAUGUGGGAGAAUACAAACUGUUCGGUGGAUUGGCCCUGCCCACUAAAAUUCACAUCGUCCACUUCUUUUUGCAAGAAGAUGUGGAAAAAGUUGAUAUUACUUUCAAACCUAGUUUCCCGGAUGUCUGUGAUUUCUUCUGUUUGAUCAUUGAUCACAUGACUAUCAGCGUGAAAGAGCUGCCUCGGAUUGAACACCUUCUGUUUCAGUCAGUGGAGGAUCUACAAAUUUCCACCAUCAAGAGUGUGGAAAUAGAGGAGGAACUGGUGGAUAAAGCCAAGGAGCAGAUCCGCGUGGUCAUCAUGGGAAACAGUCAUGGCCCAAACACUUACACCUCAGUGUAUAAUCCAUAUAAAUACCUCAUUGCCGUGGAGACAGAAAACAAGGUGAAAAAGUUCAUCAGUAAAGAGCGCCCUCUACGGGAGUACAGACAGGAAAUCGAGAAACUUAAGAAGUUGGUCUCAGCUGUUGGCUCACUUCCUGUCACCAUCCCAAUGCAUCUGUUUUACCUUGACUGUAACCAUAUCAACCAGUGGUUGAUAAAGAAAGCCAGAUAUCUGAUAGACAUAAUGGUCACCAACAUUGCGAACAUGAGUCGAAACUUCAACAAGGGGAUUUGUAAGCAGUAUGAUACCAUGGUGAAGAAGGUGGCCCAGCAGGCAGAGAACACAGAGGAACUGGUCCAGAUGCAGAACUAUGUAGAGAACCUCAAAGUGGGGGAACUGUUGCAGCUAAAGGACAAACAAGAGGUGGCAGGACAGAACCUGAUGUUCCUGUUGGACUAUACCUACCUGUCCAGUGCAGACAUUUCUACCAACAAUACUACAUUUACCUGGGCAGAAAAGAUUGUUCCUAUCAUCACUAGCACGGAGAAGAAACUGUCCAAGGAGCAUGAAAUUUAUAGCAACAAGCUGAGGGAAAAGAAGAAGAAGUUCCAGGAGGAGCUGGAUUACACGGAGAAACAGGUCAAAAUGUUUCAGAACAAGAGCAACAUGAACGAGGCCGAGAACUUCAUACAGGAGCUGGAGGAUAUCGAGAGGAAGCUGGAAGUAUUCCAUGAUGAGAAAAUCAAGAUAAACAGAGAGGAGAUGUUGUUGGGACAGGAAGUGAUGACUCAGUACAGUCAAAUCCAGACCAUCGGCACGGCAAGGGAGCCGUACGAGAAAUUGUGGCGAACAGCCGUCACCUUCCACAAGGAACACGACAAUUGGAUGAAUGGACCACUGCUCAAGGUCAACGCAGAGGUCGUGGAUGAAGAGGUCCAGAAUUUGUGGAAGACAGCUUACAAACUGACAAAACAAUUUGCACACCCAGACUUUAGAGGACCUAAAACGGCAGCCAUUAAAAUCAAAACAAGGCUAGAGACAUUUAAGAUCCAUAUGCCUCUGAUUAAUGCUCUGUGUAACCCUGGUAUCAAAAAGAGGCACUGGGACAUGAUGAACGAAAAGGUUGGUUUCAACAUGGCUCCCAAUGAUGAAACACCGUUACAGGAGAUUCUGAAGCUUGAGUUAGACAAAUAUCUGGAUGUUCUACAGGAAAUCAGUUCUCAAGCUAGCAAGGAGUUUGCAUUGGAGAAGGCUCUGGAGAAGAUGAAGAAUGAUUGGGAGAACAUCCAUUUCUCUUUUGUCCCAUACAAGGACACAGGGAUUUCUAUCCUCUCCUCCCCAGAGGAUAUUCAGGUGCUUCUGGACGACCACAUUGUGAAGACUACCACGAUGAAGGGCUCGCCUUUUAUAGAACCAUUUGAAGCCGCUGUCAAUGAGUGGGACAACCUUCUGCAUCGAAUAAAAAAUAUUUUGGAGUCCUGGUUGAAGGUACAGGCAGCUUGGUUAUACUUGGAGCCAAUUUUUGGUUCCCAGGACAUCAGGAACCAGAUUCCGGUGGAGGGCAAGAUGUUUGAGGAGGUGGAUGAACAUUGGAAAACAAUCAUGGAGAAUGCUGUUAAGGACACAAAGGCUUUGGUGGUGGUGUCUCAGGACCAGAUGCUGGAGAAACUUCAGCACUCAGAGUCGAUGUUGGAUGAUAUUCAGAAAGGUCUCAAUGAUUACUUGGAAAAGAAGCGACUCUUCUUCCCCAGGUUUUUCUUCCUGUCCAACGAUGAGUUAUUGGAGAUUCUUUCCGAGACCAAAGACCCACUCCGAGUGCAGCCGCACUUGAAGAAGUGCUUUGAAGGCAUCGCCCAGUUGUCUUUCACUCCUGACACUAUAAUCACUGGCAUGGAGUCUGCAGAGAAAGAGGUGGUAGAGUUUGCCAAGACCAUCGCUCCCAUGGAGGCCAAGGGUCUGGUGGAGAGAUGGCUCUUACAGGUAGAGGAGGUGAUGAAAUUGAGUUUGAAGGAAGUCACGAAGAAAGCUGUCCAUGAGUAUCCCACAAUUCCCAGAAAGGAAUGGGUCAUUAAGUGGCCUGGGCAAGUUGUUCUGGCAGCUAGUCAAAUCCACUGGACUACAGAGGUCACACAGUCUAUCACCAGUGGCUUCAUGGGACCUUAUCUUGCCAAAAGCAACAAGCAGAUAGAUGAAGUGGUGGCGCUGGUGAGGGGAUCUUUGUCUAAGAUGGCGAGGAUCACUUUAGGAGCCCUCAUUGUCAUUGAUGUACAUGCUAGAGAUGUUGUCUCCCACCUAAAUGAUGUUCAGACCCGCAGUGUGAAUGAUUUCUCGUGGAUCAGUCAGCUUCGCUAUUACUUCAUCGACGAUUUGGUCCAGGUGAAAAUGAUCACUACCACCGUGGCAUAUGCUUAUGAGUAUCUUGGCAACACGGGUAGACUGGUCAUCACACCACUGACUGAUAGAUGUUACAGGACAUUGAUGGGUGCCCUGCUUCUAAAUCUGGGUGGGGCGCCGGAGGGACCGGCUGGGACAGGAAAAACAGAGACCUCCAAAGAUUUGGCUAAAGCCGUAGCCAAACAGUGUGUGGUGUUUAACUGCUCUGAUGGGCUGGACUACAAAGCUAUGGGCAAAUUCUUCAAAGGGUUAGCCCAGUCUGGGGCAUGGGCAUGCUUUGAUGAGUUCAAUCGGAUUGAACUAGAGGUGUUGUCGGUGAUAGCCCAGCAAGUUCAGACGAUACAGCGUGCCAUAGCGGAGCAGCUCCAGAUGUUCCUGUUCGAGGGGACCCAGAUCAGAUUAGACCCGACCUGUACCAUCUUCAUCACGAUGAACCCAGGAUAUGCUGGCAGAGCGGAACUUCCAGACAACCUCAAAGUAUUAUUCCGAACCGUGGCCAUGAUGGUCCCAGAUUACGCCAUGAUUGCCGAGAUUUCCCUCUAUUCCAUGGGCUUUGUGGACGCCCGCAGUAUGUCCACUAAGAUUGUAGCCACUUACCGUCUGUGUUCAGAGCAACUGUCUUCCCAGCAUCACUAUGACUACGGCAUGAGAGCCGUCAAAUCCGUACUGACGGCAGCCGGAAACCUGAAGUUGAAGUAUCCAGAUCAUCGAGAAGAUGUGCUGGUGCUGAAAUCCAUCAACGACGUCAAUCUUCCCAAAUUCUUGUCCCAUGAUAUCCCACUGUUCCAAGGAAUCAUUUCGGACUUGUUCCCUGGAGUAGAGCUUCCAGAGGCAGACUAUGGGGACUUAGAGGAGGCCCUGAUAGAGCACAUAAAGAAAAGACAACUGCAGCCUGACAAGUGGUUCAUUGAGAAAAUGAUACAGAUUUAUGAUAUGAUCUUGGUGCGACAUGGUCUGAUGAUUGUUGGAGAUCCGCUGGGAGGAAAAACGUCAGCCUUCAAGAUCCUCGCAGAGGCCUUGCACGUGAUGCAUGACAAAGGUCUCAUGGAGGAAAAUAAGGUGAUGUUCUCCAUAAUUAACCCCAAGGCCAUCACUAUGGGACAGUUGUAUGGUAGAUUUGAUCCUGUCUCACAUGAAUGGUUUGAUGGUGUCCUGGCAAACACGUUCAGGGAGCAUGCUUCAAACACCUGUCCGGACAGGAAGUGGAUUAUAUUUGACGGACCAGUGGAUGCUGUGUGGAUUGAGAACAUGAACACCGUCCUUGAUGACAACAAAAAGCUGUGUCUAAUGAGUGGAGAGAUCAUCCAAAUGAACAAUACACAGAACAUGAUCUUUGAGGCUAUGGACCUGGAGCAGGCAUCACCAGCCACAGUCAGCAGAUGCGGUAUGAUUUACAUGGAUCCUCUGCAGUUAGGAAGUGACUCCCUAGUCAAAUCCUGGAUGGAAUAUGAACUCCCUAAUAACCUCACAUGGGAACAGAAAGACACUAUCAAGAUGCUAUUUGAUUGGAUGCUAGAGCCGUGUUUGAAUUUUGUGUCCAAAUACUGUAAGUGCCUUUUGACCUGUCACCCGAUGCACAUGACAGCCAGCAUGCUGACCCUCUACAGCUGCAUGAUGGAAGAUGUCAGAAAGCUUGGUAUGGAAGAGGAUGAAGAUGAGGAGGAGGCAUUUAUGGAGGAAGAUGAUGAGGAAGGAGGAGGAUCUGACACAGACGAGGAAUCCUCAAAGGAGAAGUCGCUGACCGACCAGAAAAUCAUUGAGGAGAGGACCGCCAUGCUGAUAGCUUAUUUCUUCUUCUCCAUGGUGUGGUCAGUCGGGGCCACGCUGGACGUCAACUCACGUGCCAAGUUUGAUGAAUUUUUCAAGGGACUUUGUGAUAUGGAUGGCACCACUGCUAAGUAUCCGAGGGCUGGAAAUAGAAUAAACAGACCCAAAGAUUUGAAAUUUGCCAACAACUUGAAAAUUCCCAAAAAUGGCUCUGUUUAUGAAUUUGUCUACUUGAGGAAACAAUAUGGCUCCUGGUACAAGUGGACCAGUUUGAUAAACCCACUCAACAUCGAUGAGAAGGCUAAGAGAGACCGAGAUCUUCGCAUCAUGAUUAACGAGUUAAUCAUUAACACGGUGGAGACGGAGAGGCAGAGCUAUUUUCUGGAACGCUUCCUGAUUCGGGGUAAACCAUUGCUUUUUGUCGGACCGACAGGAACAGGAAAAUCUGCCAUCACCAAUAGCUACCUCCUUCAGCUUCCUAAGGACAAAUACAUCAUCAGCAAUAUUAAUUUCUCAGCCCAGACGUCGGCCAAUCAAACACAGGAUAUCAUCUUCUCCAAGCUUGAUAGAAGGAAAAAGGGUGUGUAUGGGCCCACCCUAGGAAAGAAGCUCAUGGUCUUCGUGGACGAUCUAAACAUGCCUGCCAAAGAGAAAUACGGGGCCCAACCCCCCAUAGAAAUCCUCCGACAAUGGAUCGACCAGGGCUAUUGGUUUGACAGGAAGGACACUAGUAUAUUAGAACUAGUGGACAUUGUGAUGGUGUCUGCCAUGGGGCCACCAGGUGGUGGGAGGAACAAUGUGACACCACGGUUUUUGAGACAUUUUAACAUAAUCGGCAUCGAGUCGUUCGACGAGGACACGAUGAAGAAUAUCUUCUCACCUAUAAUCGAGUGGCAUUUUAAGACUUUUGAGAAUUCUCUGAGAAAGUUUUCAAGGAUAAUUCUGACCAGCACGUUGGAGAUUUACAACAAUGCUAUUGCUAACUUCCUGCCCACACCCUCCAGGUCACAUUAUGUUUUCAACCUCCGAGAUUUUUCUCGUGUCGUUCAGGGUGUCCUGUUGCUGAAGCCGGGAGUUGUGUCAGAGGGAAGCACAGAGAAUGGUCAGAAGAUCGUGAGGUUGUGGGUUCACGAGGUCUACAGGGUCUUCUACGACAGGCUAAUUAAUGAAGGGGACAGGGAGAUGUUCUUCAAAAUGGUUAAGACGUGUGUGGAGAGUCAAUAUAAGGAGAAAUUGAAUGCGCUGUUUUCCCACAUCAUGACGGACUCGUCUAAGGGUGUCACCGACGACGACAUCCGGAGUUUGAUGUUUGGAGAUUAUCUGUCCAAGGGCAAGGAGGAAAAGUUUUACGAUGAAAUACUCAACCUUGAUGACCUCAGAGAGGCCAUUGAAAUGUAUCUUGAGGAGUACAACAUGAUGUUUAAGGCUCCGAUGAAUCUAGUCAUGUUUCGAUUUGCCAUUGAACACAUUUCCAGAAUCAGUCGUGUGUUGAAGCAACCCAAUGGGCACUGCUUACUUGUUGGUAUUGGUGGCAGUGGCAGGCAGAGUGCGUCGCGGUUAGCUGCAUUUAUGUCCGACUUUGAACUAUUCCAAAUUGAAAUCACAAAGAACUACACCACCUCGGAAUGGAGAGAAGACCUCCGGCGCCUCAUGAGGAGAGCUGGCGAUGAGGGAACCUCCAUGGUCUUUUUAUUCGGAGACCACCAAAUAAAGGAUGAAUCAUUCCUGGAGGACAUCAAUAUGAUUCUGAACACGGGAGACAUCCCUAAUCUCUACGAUAAUGAAGAGAGACUUGAGAUUAUUGAAAAGAUGCAGCAGUUAGCUAUUCAGCAGAACUUACAGAUGGAGAUGACCCCGCUAAACAUGUACAACAUGUUCGUCGAGAGAAUCCGACGUAACCUCCACGUGGUGCUGGCCUUCAGUCCCAUCGGAGAUAACUUCCGCAAUAGGAUUAGAAUGUUCCCCUCCCUCAUAAACUGCUGUACCAUUGACUGGUUCAAGGCCUGGCCGGAGGAUGCCCUGGAACUAGUGGCAAAUAAAUUCCUGGAGGAUGUAGAAAUGUCAGAUGAAGUGAGGACGCAGACAAUCUUUAUGUGUAAACAUUUCCACCAGAGUGUGCGGAUGCUCUCAGAGAGAUAUUUUGAUACCCUGAGGCGGAGGAACUAUGUCACCCCCACAUCUUACCUGGAGCUGAUCAAAACCUUCAAGAACCUGCUAGAUCAGAAGAGAAUGGAGAUCCUGACAUUGAAGAAUCGUUACAUCGUAGGACUGGAGAAGCUGGAGUUCUCCGAGAGCCAGGUGAACGUCAUGCAGCAGGAACUGGUCGAUCUACAGCCCAAACUGAUCCAGACAAGUAAGGAGACAGCAGAGCUCAUAGAAUUCAUCAGCAAAGAAAGCGUGGAAGUGGAGGCUGUCAAGAAAGUAGUAGAGGCCGACGAGGUGGUCGCCAACAAUGCAGCCAUGGAUGCCAAGGCCAUCAAGGAUGAGUGUGAGGCGAAACUGGCAAUCGCCAUGCCAGCCUUAAACGCUGCCAUCUCUGCCUUAGACACACUGAAGCAAAAUGACAUCUCUCUAGUCAAGGCUAUGGCUAACCCACCCAAUGGAGUCAAGCUGGUCAUGGAAGCCGUCUGUAUCAUGAAGAGCAUCAAACCGGACACCAAAGUGGAUGCUAAUGGCAAGAAGAUGGAGGAUUAUUGGCCCUCAGCGAAAAGGAUGUUGGGAGAUAUCAAGUUUCUGGAUUCGCUGAAGGAAUACGACAAAGACAAUAUCCCGGUGCCGGUCAUGAAAAAGAUUCGGGACAAAUACAUGAGCAAUCCGGAUUUUGAACCCAGUCUCAUCCGCAAUGUGUCAUCCGCAUGUGAGGGUCUCUGUAAAUGGAUCCGAGCCAUGGAUGUGUACGACAGUGUCAUUAAGGUGGUGGGACCUAAGCGUAGAAGUUUAGAAGAGGCAGAAGCUGUAUUGGCCACACAGAUGGCAAAGCUGCACCAGAAGCAGGCAGAAUUACAGGCCAUCACCGACAAACUGAAUGGCCUCAAAGAUCAACUCAAAACCAAAGAGGAGGAGAAAGUGAAUUUAGAGGAAAACAUUGAACUGACCAAGAUUAAGAUAGAAAGAGCAGAGAAGCUUAUUAGUGGACUGGGAGGAGAGAAAGAUAGAUGGACAAAUAAUGUGCAGGAACUGAGCGAGACGUACGAUAACAUCGUGGGGGACGUCCUUUUGUCUGCCAGCGUGGUAGCUUACCUGGGGCCGUUCAUUCUGGACUACCGCCAGGAGUGUCUGAAGGAGUGGUACGCCAUGUGUGCGGAGCGCAACAUUCCGCUGUCUGAACACUUCUCACUGUAUACGACGCUCGGGGACCCGGUCAAAAUCCGAGACUGGCAGAUAGCAGGCCUUCCUGUCGACAACUAUUCUGUAGAGAACGCAAUCAUUGUGAUGAGUGCUAAUCGCUGGCCCCUGAUGAUCGACCCGCAGGGUCAGGCCAAUAAAUGGGUCAAGAACAUGGAGAAAAUGAACAAACUAGAAGUGGUUAAGAUGUCCGAUGUCAACUUCAGCAGGAAUCUGGAAAACUGCAUACAGUUUGGUAAUCCCUGCCUGCUGGAAAAUGUGGGAGAGGAGCUAGACCCAAUCCUUGAACCGAUUCUCCUGAAACAGACAUUUAAGCAGAACAAUAUGGAGUACAUUCGAGUGGGAGACCAUAUUAUUGAGUACAGUAAGGACUUUAAGCUGUACAUCACGACCAGGCUCAGAAACCCGCACUAUCUCCCAGAGGUCUCCGUCAAGGUGACCCUGUUAAACUUUAUGAUCACAUUACUGGGUCUGGAGGACCAGCUUCUGGGAAUCGUUGCUGCCAAAGAAAAACCAGAACUGGAGGAGAAGAAAAAUGUGCUGAUCAUAGAGAGUGCUAGAAACAAACGCCAACUGAAGGAGAUCGAGGACAAAAUAUUGGAGGUUCUUUCUUCAUCACAGGGUAACAUUUUGGAGGACGAGACAGCCAUUGAAAUCCUGUCCUCUAGUAAGAUCCUCUCUGAGGAGAUUUCAGAGAAACAGCUGGUGGCUAGCAAGACAGAAGCAGCCAUUGAUGAUGUCAGAAAUGGAUACAAGCCCGUGGCUAAACACGGUAGUGUCCUGUUCUUCGUGAUCUCAGACUUGGCCAACAUUGACCCCAUGUACCAAUACUCCCUGGCCUGGUUCAUCAACCUGUAUCUCCAGUCCAUAGGAAACAGUGCCCCUUCUCAGGAUCUAGAGGAGCGGAUCCACAACUUAAACGAACACUUCACUUACAGCAUUUACAAGAAUGUCUGCCGAUCCUUGUUUGAAAAAGACAAGCUGCUCUUCUCCUUCCUGCUGUGCAUCGGCAUCGCCAAACAGAACACCAUGCCUAAUGCCAGAGUGGGUGGAGAAAUCAAUGAUCGUGAUUGGCGGUUCCUACUGACAGGGGGUGUGGCUUUGGAAAACCCCUUCCCAAAUCCUGCUGUUGACUGGCUUCCGGACAAGUCCUGGGGGGAGAUCGUCCGAGCUUCUGAUUUGCCACCUUUCAAAGGAUUUAUGGAACACUUCCGCAAAAAUUUGAAUGCUUGGAAGAAGAUUUACGAUUCUACAACUCCCCACACUGAACCGCUGGUGUCCCCGUGGAACGAGAGCCUGAAUCGACUGGAGGAGCUUAUUGUCCUGAGGUGCCUGCGGCCUGACAAGAUGGUUCCUGCUGUCCAGAAUUUCAUUGUAGAGAGAAUGAGUCAUCAAUACAUUGAGCCACCAACCUUUGACCUGUCACUGAGCUAUGAAGAUUCUCAGCAUUUCUCUCCCCUGAUUUUUGUCCUGUCUCCUGGGGCUGAUCCCAUGGCUGGCCUGUACAGAUUUGCAGAGGAAAAAGGUGUCAUACUUCCACUGCCACCAGCACAGUCACAGAUGACCACAAAUGACUCCUCUGAGCGUAAAAUAACCUCAUUACUCGGGGUCUCGCACCCCUCAGAGGAACAUGCGCGUUCAGGGAGUAAGGGUUUGCAAACCAUAUCCUUGGGACAAGGUCAAGGACCCAUUGCAGAGAAAAUGAUUAUGGAGGCGACAGAAAAUGGAACAUGGGUGGUUCUACAGAACUGUCAUCUGGCAGCGUCAUGGCUGGGUGAGCUAGAACGCAUCUGUGAAACGGUCAUCACGGACACUAAUGUGACCAAGCCCGGUUUCCGACUCUGGCUGACCAGCUACCCCUCCCCGGACUUCCCAGUGUCGGUCCUCCAGAACGGGGUCAAGAUGACCAACGAACCGCCAAAAGGAUUGAGGGCCAAUCUCCUGCGGUCCUACCUCAAUGAUCCCAUCUCAGACCCAGCAUUUUUCUCUCAGUGCAAUAAACCAGCUGUUUUUGAGAAGCUGCUGUUAGGCUUGUGCUUUUUCCAUGCCUUGGUUCAGGAAAGGAGGAAAUUUGGGCCGUUGGGAUGGAAUAUUCCUUAUGAGUUCAACGAAUCAGAUCUCAGAAUUUCUGUCAGGCAGUUACAGAUGUUCAUCAACGACUAUGACAAACCCCCACUGGAGGCUCUUAGUUACCUGACCGGUCAGUGUAACUAUGGUGGACGUGUCACUGAUGACCUUGACCGAAGGCUGAUCACCAGUUUGCUGGAGAUCUUCUACAAUGAGAAGAUAAUUUUUGAUGACUCCUACAGGUUCUCCCCUGGGGGCCUCUACUACGCUCCCCCUAAAGGGAGUUACGAUCAGUAUGUGGAUUACAUCCGGAAGCUGCCUCUGAUCCCUCACCCAGAGGUGUUUGGUUUACAUGAGAAUGCUGACAUUUCUAAAGACCAGCAAGAAACUCAGCAGUUGUUUGAUGGCAUCCUGUCCACGCUGCCUCGACAGCGAUAUAUGCCACUCUUCGGAAAAACAAGUGGAGGAGGAAAAUCUUCUCAGGAAAUGAUUGAGGAGCUGGCCAGUGACAUUUUAACCAAGAUUCCAGCCGAUUUCAAUCUUGAAGAGUGUCAGAACAAGUUCCCAGUGAGGUAUGAAGAGUCGAUGAACACGGUUCUGAACCAGGAGUUGAUUCGGUUUAACCGGUUGAUUCAGGUGGUUCGCCAGAGUCUACAGGACAUUAGGAAGGCCAUUAAAGGAGUAGUUCUCAUGUCUUCAGAGCUGGAGGAUGUCUUUGACAGCAUGAUGGUGGGGAAGGUUCCAGCUAUGUGGCAAACCAAGUCCUACCCAUCGCUCAAGCCCCUGGGAAGUUACAUCACUGAUCUAUUAGCCAGGCUAGCAUUCUUCAAGGAGUGGAUCUAUGGAGGUACCCCUUCAGUGUUUUGGAUCUCUGGUUUCUACUUCACUCAGUCGUUUUUAACGGGUGUGUUGCAGAACUAUGCCAGGAAGUACAAAAUCCCUAUUGACUACCUGGCCUUUGAGUAUCAAGUAACGGACUUUGAGAAAUCGAUGGCCAACAGACCUCAGGCACAAGGCUUGGGGGCGACGGCUAAUGGAGCUUAUGUACGAGGCCUGUAUGUAGAGGGAGCCCGCUGGUGUCGCAGAAAGAAAAAGCUGGAGGAGUCCUUGCCCAAGAUCCUCUAUGACCUGCUGCCCAUCAUAAUGCUUAAACCUGGAGAGAAAUCCCGGUUUGAUGAGCAACCUUCCUACGCAUGUCCAGUGUACAAGACCAGCUCCAGAAGGGGCACCUUGUCAACCACAGGACACUCCACCAACUUUGUUAUGUCCAUCCUCCUGCCAUCUGACCAACCAGAAUCUCACUGGAUCAACAGGGGUGUGGCCUGUCUCUGUCAAUUAGACAACUGAUGGACAGGUCAAAUUACCAAGUGAAUCUUGAAUACUUUUCUCAGCAUGAAUGAUCUGAACUCAAUAAAAGAUCUUUAGCUAAAGAAUUGUAGAAAUGUUUGUGUUGACAUUAGCAGUAAGAAAUUGCAAUAUAGUCAAGGUAUUUGUUAUGUUUCUGCACAGAAAUUUAUAUCAUGCAAAAUCCUUAUGAUUAUAUUUACAUAUUUUUUAAUUUUUCAAAGAUUUCUUGUGUGGUGCAAGGUAUACAUUUCAUAUUGGAUAUGGCAGGGUCAGUUUAGUGGUGGUUAGCAAUAAUUUAUGUUUAACCUGCUUAUUCUAUUGAAAUAUGAAGAAUAUAUUAAACACUUUGUGCAUUUAUUACAAAGAUCGACUAACCAGGGUCGGCCCAGCGUUGUUUUCAUUGUUGUCAAGCUACCCAGAAUGCAUUUCUGUUUAUUCCAUGCAUUUUAAAAUUUUAUUUUUCAAGUAAAUAUGCAUUGCUUAAUUUAUUUCAAGUCUUUCACAUGUCUCUGGUAGCUUUUAAAUGUAUGUAUAGAUUACAAUUGUCAUGCUGAAUAUGAAAAAAUUAUCAGAAUUAUUUAUAUUUAUGUAUAUCAUAUAUUGCAUAAUCAUGUUAUACUUAAUAGCUAAAAAUGGCACAUGACAAAGUCUCAAUUUAGUGUACAUGACAAAAGUUCAAGAACUUAUGCAAAUUUAUGUGUACAUGUUUGAUAUAUUCCUCUAAAAGUGUACAAAAUGAAGUCAGUGACCACAUGAACAGUGCAGAAAUAUACACUGAUAUGUUUUGUACAGCACAUAAAUAUGUACAUAAUCAUUAACUUUUGUCAUAUAUAUUAUAUGUAAAUCAUUAGCAGUAUUUUUGCAUGAAGAAUUUAUUUUUAUGAAGUUGUGAUAUGUCAUGUUUCAUAUUUCUGCAAGGUGUAUGAAGCACCUGCUGGUGCAAAAGUGUACAAAUUGAAGCAUUUAUUUUGCUAUGUCUAUACAUGUUUAAGCCUAGCUGUGAUACACUAUGAAAAUCGUGGUCCGCAUUGUGUUGUAUUUUGACACUUUUAUUUGUUCUUCUAUUUAUGUGUAUUUUAAAAUCUCUCAUUGCAAUACUGCUGUCGUCUGUGAUCAUUUUUCUCCAUUGCAUUAUGGUCCUUAAUGUAGGCCAUGCUAUACGCAAUAAUCUUAAAUCCACAAAAUGCUGUUCUUUCAUCAAGUAUUGGUGACGGUUCUAAUUUGUUUCGUGAGCACAAAGUCAGUUAUGAAUAGAAUGCAUUUAUAUUUGCACAAAAUUUCUAUUAAGAUCUGCAUCAUUUGAUAUACAAUUUGCUAAAUCAGUUUUACACAGUUCUUUCUGUUGGAUUCUAGGUAAAGACAUUGGAAUUUGUAAGGUGUAGUCAGGAACAGAAAUAAAUGUUUACUUCUUCAA